GCAAAUUGAGGACCGACCAUCCUAUUACAGGCCGCGUAAAUUGCCCCCGCCGAUUUGACGGUCUACUUGUGGCUGCCAUCUUGUAUUAAACUGUGGCUUUUUGUUUUUUGAACGCAACCACCGCGCUCCUUAAGGUGCCGCCCGCCGUAAUUGGGGUCCUCCAAUGGUCAAAGUCGUGAAUCUUCUCAGUGGGCUUUCUUCAAAGUGGUUAUAUGCCUUCCCUGUAACCAGUGAGAGCAUUUUCUGGCCCCUAAAUUACUGUAACCGAUACAGACUUUCUUAUUCCUUUCCUCCGCCCAACUCCUUCGCAUCAUGUAUACAUUGAAUGUGUGGAAUUUAUGUAGUUAUGGUAUUCAUCCGGCUUUCAUGUUUUUGCCCCUACUUGGAAGAAUUCUAUAUAGGACAUGUAUAAUAUUUGAAGGAUCUCACUGUGCUCAUUCAGCACUGCAGAAAUGUUGAAAGUGGAAUUGGGAUAAUCAUCAGAAUUAAUAAAUGGAUACUGGCUAUUUUGUGAAACAGAGGUAUGCAGUAUAAAUAUUGGCAAUGACUCUUCAAGAAAUUGUUCAGACUGCAGCCUGUUUAUAUCCUGAGAGAACAGCAGUUUGCUUUGAUGAAUGCAUCAAUAAACCUCCGGUUAUUUACACAUACAAGACAGUUACCAACCUAGCCACAGAACUAACAGAUUUCUUGAGGAAACAUUGUGAUCUCAGUGAAAGUCUCGAAAUAGGCCUCUACUGCUACCCAGGGAUCAAUCUGCCUUCUUGGAUUUUAGGGUUAUGUCCUGCGAAAAAUGUAACAUGUGGAGCAGCUCCUAAAAGUCAAACUAGACAUUACGAAGACCUGCCCAUCAGAAUUCUCCAAGUGCCAGCUGCGUAUUCUCCUGUCGAUCCAGAUGCUCUUCCAAUCCAAUCUGCUUAUUUUAUGAAAAAGUGUAACUUCCAAUAUGUCCUUGUAGAAAAAGACAAAAUUGAUAAAUUCACAGUAACACACGGACACUUGUUCUGCCAUAAUUCCCUUGAAAUACAGAAAGUUGGUUUGAUUCUUUCCCAAAGGAAUUACAGUCAUUUUGAUGUAAAUCUGCUAACAGAAUGUGUAAAUGUUAAAAAUGAACAUUCUACAGUGACAAGUGGCUCAGAGGCACAAGCCUUGGACCAACAAGAGAAAAAAGCAUCCAAAGAGCUGUUGGAUGUCAGACAGCAGCACUCCAUAGCAUAUAUUUUGCAUACAUCUGGAACAACAGGGAUCCCCAGAAUUGUCAGAGUGCCUCAUAAAUGCAUAGUACCAAAUAUUCUUCAUCUUCGAGAUGUAUUUAAGGUUACACCAGAUGAUACGGUGUUUAUGGCCUCUCCCUUGACAUUUGAUCCAUCUGUAAUUGAACUGUUCAUUGCUCUGGCAAGUGGAGCUUCCCUGCUUAUAGUUCCUAACCUGAUUAAGAUGAUGCCACAGGAAUUAUCUGAGGCUCUCUUUCUGCGCCACAGAGUGUCUGUAUUACAGGCUACACCAACACUUCUGAGAAGAUUUGGAGUUCAGCGCAUUAAAUCAACAGUGUUGUCUGCUAAUACUUCACUCCGAAUCUUAGCUCUUGGUGGAGAAGCAUUCCCUGGACUAACUGUGCUAAGAAGCUGGAAAGGAAAGGGAAACAAAACACACAUGUUUAAUAUAUAUGGUAUUACAGAAGUCUCCUGCUGGGCCACAUGCUACAAGGUUCCUGAAGAGGUUUUCAGUUCUGAUCACCGAUUUGAUUCCCUUGCACCACUGGGAACCCCACUGUCUGGAACAACAAUUGAAGUCAAAGAUGCUCAUGGUUCUGCCGUUCUUGAAGGUGAAGGUCAAGUGUUUAUAGGAGGUAAAGAACGUGUCUGCUUUCUUGAUGAUGAAGUAACACUGCCGAUGGGCACAAUGAGAGCAACUGGAGACUUUGUAAGAAUUAAAGAUACUGAAAUGUUUUUCUUGGGGCGAAAGGACAAUCAAAUUAAGCGUCAUGGCAAGCGUCUCAAUAUUGAAUAUGUACAACAGAUUGCAGAAGACUACUAUCAAGUGGAAACAUGUGCUGUGCUGUGGUAUCAACAGGAAAAAUUAAUUCUGUUUGUUGUGCCCAAAGGCAUUUUAAUAAAAAGUGACCUUUUAAAGAAACUCCAGGAAAGUCUUCCUAGCCAUGCAGUCCCAGAUGAUCUUUUGCUGAUUGACACUUUACCAUUCACAUCACAUGGCAAAAUUGAUGUUUCUGAGCUGAGCAGGAUUUACAGCAGCUGUUUGAACUCGAGGAGUGUCAGUAAGCUGAAUAAGAAAGAAUUGUGGAAGAGAUUGCUGUGUUUAUGGAAGGCUCUUCUAAAUCUUCCAGAAGAUUCUAGAAACAUUUCAAAAGAUUCACAGUUUUUGCUUAAUGGUGGAGAUUCCCUAAAAUCACUACAAUUCCAUGAUGAAAUUGAACUUAUGGUAGGCAAGACUGUCCCUGGUCUCCUGGAAAUCAUUCUCAGUAGAUCCAUUGAAGAGGUCUACAAACAUAUCUUAAAAACAGUUUUCCCAAACGAGGACCAAAACUUAAACUGUAACAGUGCUGUGAAAAGAAAACUGAGUGAAAGCAGUAGAGAGGAACUCAGUAAAAAGUGUAUGGAGCUAAAACCUGAAAGGUCCCUGACAGCUGAGGCAAAUACAGUUGGAUUUAUUGCAGUAAGCCGAGGAAACCGGUUGUUUUCUACAGAUGAGCCCUUGAGGAACCAGAGUAAUACAGAACAGGCAGGAGAGAAUGAAGUUUUGAAGAGUAAGCUGGAUAAAACAAUUGCCAGCGAUGCAAAUAUGGCUGAAGAUUCUAUACAGAAAACUCCUGUACAAGAGACUUUUGGAAGAACUGCUGAAAAGCUGAUGUUGCAUCUCAGAUGGAAGUCAGACCUGGGCAAAUGUGUGGAUGCAUCUCCACUAGUGGUCACUGACACAUUAUCUACCUUUGUAUAUGUUGGAUCUCAUUCUCACAUGAUUCAAGCAAUUGACCUAUAUUCAGGAAAAGUCAUGUGGGAAAGAAACCUUGCAGAUCGCAUUGAGUCAUCUGCCUGUGUAUCUAAGUGUGGAAACUUCAUAAUUGUUGGUUGUUAUAACGGGUUAGUGUAUGUCCUUAGAAGGAGUAAUGGGGAAAUACAUUGGAUGUUUGUCACUGGGGAUGCUGUGAAAAGUUCUGCAGCUGUGGAUCCUUCCACAGGGCUAGUCUUCACUGGAUCUCAUGACCAGCAUGUAUAUGCUUUAGAUAUUUAUAAGAAAGUAUGUAUUUGGAAGUUGCACAGUGAAGCUGGAGCUAUAUUUUCCUCUCCUCACCUAAAUCUGUUACCACAUCAUCUGUAUAUUGCUACACUUGGAGGACUGCUGCAAGCUGUAAAUCCUGCUAAGGGGAAUGUAAUCUGGAAAAAUAAUUGUGGAAAACCUAUCUUCUCAUCACCACAUUGCAACAAGGACUGUGUAUGUGUAGGAUGUGUGGAUGGAAAUUUAUAUUGCUUUAGCCACUUUGGAGAAAAGGUAUGGAAGUUUUCCAGCAAUGGACCAGUUUUUUCGUCGCCGUGUAUUUCACAUUUUUGCAGUGAGAUAUUCUUUGGUUCCCAUGACUACUUUACUUAUUGCUGUAGUAUGGGAGGUAAUUUAUUGUGGAAAUUUAAAACCACAUCAACUGUAUAUGCAACUCCAUUUGUUUUCCAUAAUCAUGAUUUGGAGGAUAAAACACUUCUGGCAGUGGUAUCUACAGAUGGCAGAAUAUGGAUCUUGGAUGCUAAAACUGGUUUGCUAGAAGGUGAAGAGAGGCUUCCAGGGGAAGUGUUCUCAUCUCCUGUGGUAUGGGGAUCAAUGAUCAUUAUAGGUUGUAGAAAUAACUGUAUUUAUUGCUUAGAUUUAUGUAUAUCUAAAACCAAAAAAGCUGGCUAACAAUUGUCUCCGUAUUUUUUAUUUUGCUUGUAUGAAAUAAGAUAAUUUUGCACUGAAGACAAUUAUUUUCAUCAAGCUAAGAUGCUUAGAUUUAAAUUAACAUUCUCCUCUUGACAUCAGAUUACAUGUGCAAUUUGCAAAAAAUUAUUUUAAGAGCCAUGGUCAUCACUGGCUAACAUAUUAAGAUAUGCAAAACAUAGUCUGUUAGAUGCCAAACCAUAUUCAUCUGUACACUUCCAAAAAUGGAAUAUGUUUUACCAGAAAACAAAGGCAGUAUUUAAGAAAAAUGUGAGAAUACUAUCAGACUAUGGAUUUAUGAAUACAAAAUGUUUGGGUUGUAGCAAAAUGGCUUGGAGUCAUUAUUAGAGAGCAGCACCAACCCCAACAAUUAUGGAUUGGUUGAAUAUUGCAGGAAUGGAUGAGCUGGUAGAGUUCACUGUAUGUUUAUUUCAAUAUAUUUAGGUGGGAAAUAUAUACAAUUCAAAUUUCACUACAUAAUAAAGGUAAUUAUGAAGCCUGGAAAAAUAUGUUUCUGUAAUGUGUAAACGAUAAAGGCUUAUAACAGCAGUUUACAUUUGUUCCAAAUAAUACUAGACUUUUUGGCUGCCAAUGUGUGUCAUUUUAUUUUUGAGGGAAAGCAGUAGGAUGGAGGAGUAGGGGAAAUUCCAUUUGUGAGAGCAAAACUCAGUCAUGCAAAUAGGCUGAUACCAUUGAAUACCAUAGUAUUCAUUUAUCUUUUCUCCUCCCUCUUUCUAUUUUUUUUGUAAAAAAAAUGAUGAAUUAGUCCCCCACCCCAAUAUCACCAUGGAUUUCUGUUAAAUCUCUAUCACCUUUUUUUAAAUAAAAGACUGAAUAACCCAUUAAUGUGUAAGUAAAUAAAAAGUACUUUCAUAGUUACAGAAA